AUGGAGCAUCUACUAUCUUUGGUUGACAGUGGUCUGGCGCCCGCAACAUCCCAGCAGAUGACAAGCACUGGCCAUCGCCGCAUAAUGUACGGCCCCAACGCGUCGCGAUGUGCAAGCAUCGAGCAACACACCGUGUACAAGCGCGUCGAGGAGCUUUGCCUGCCGCCCUUUUACACGCGCAAGGUCGACUACGAAGAGAUUGGGACCAUCAGACCCGAACGGUCCGAGUUUCGGAAGAUGGAGCGCCUGCCAUCCAACGAGAUCUGGGUCAAUACGAUCAUCAAGAUAUCAAAGGCAAUCCUUCACCAUCCUUCCGCCAGACGUCCCCGCGGCAACGCACCACCUGUGAGCUUGCCAUCGCUCGACCUUCCUUUCUACAGUGGUUACGACAAGCACGAGACUGGCCAGCUCCUGGACCAGGCCAUGGAGCGGAUCAUGGAGGAACGCGAAGACAACUUUUUCAUCCCCACCAUGACCGACGCCAGAGCUACCCUGCGUGGCGUUGCGGCGAUCCUGUACCAGCACGACAUGAUCAUCGACGUGUGCAAGGCGCAGCUCCCCGCGUACACGGCCGACCCACCGCCACCAUCAUCGGAUGCGGACUCGUGCCCGACGUCAAGACUUGACGCCAUCGCCAUCCGGAUGGAGGAGUCGCCGCUCCUCAACUUGCGACGCGAGGUUCUACCCGAGAUGUUGCGCAUCACCAUCGAGCACCUGCUGCUCCACGACUACGAGAUCGACGUCGACAUGCGCAUUCCCAACAACACCGGCAUCACCCGCCAGGACCUUGCCAGCUUCCGCGUGCUCCUGGGCGACGCCAUCGCCUUCGCCAGGACCUUUCCGUACGCCGCCAUCGAGGCCCGACACCUGCACACCGGCUUCUCCACCUUCGUCCUGGAAAUGAACAAGUUCUGUUCCGAGACGUGGCUCCAAGCCACCGUCAUCUUCGAGGACAUACUGCACAUGUUCCUGGCCAUGAAGACGGCCGUCUACGACAACCGGUACCGGCCCGUCGUCAGGGACAUGGUCAUGGCGGCCACGGCCCGCGGCGACGGCGAGGACGAGGAACCGGGCGUCACCAACCCCGAGAGGGCCAUGAGGGCGACCCUGGCGCUGCAGCGGAAAUUGUCUGUCGAUUACAACGUCAUGGUGGACUUUGCCGUCGACGAUGACAUGCACAAGCGUCUGCUGCUGGGCGUUAUCCAGGGCGUCGCCAACAUGAUGUCCCUCCCCAUCAACGCGAGCGACGUCAAGCCUGGACCGAGGAGGCUGCUCGAGACGGGUCCCGAGGAUACCGACGACGACUUGCGCAAGGCCGACCCGGCCAAGGUUUCCAUCCAGCCUGCGCAAAUUUUGUCGCUUUGGGAGCUCUGGUGA